AUGCAUUCGAAAAUUCUUAUGAACUUUUGCGCUUGCCAGUUCAUACACACGCCGGUUGACCGGGUGACAAUUGACAUUCUUUUGGCCACUUCUAAUAAUCUUGCAUUUUGUUUUCCAGCCAUGGCAUCCAAUACCAUAUCAAUACAGCUGGAUAACAUGCAAAAACAACGACCAAUUGUGAGUGAUUUAUCUUUAAGUCAGCCCCAUAAAAUGCCGUUAGACGAAUUAUGUUCACAACUGAAUCUUCGUAAUGUACGUUCUGGUUUAACAACGCUUCAAGUUCAUGAAGCGCAAGCAAAAUACGGUUUAAAUCAGCCGGCUCCUGUUCCACAGCCGGGAUAUAUACGAUUGUUUUUCAUUCAAGCAUUUACUGGCUUUAACGCAUUGUUAUGGAUUGCUGCGAUCUUCGCUUUUCUCGCUUAUGAACCAUUUGGCUGGCCAGACCCAGAUACAACAAAUUUAGGUUUGGGUGUUGUUCUCGGCAUUGUUAUCAUUGCCAAUGCUGUUUUGAAUGUUUAUCAAAAGAUGAAGUCAAUCAAAAUAAUUCGUUCAUUUGCUCAGAUUUUACCAAAACUGACCACGGUUCGUCGUAAUAACGGAUGUGAACAACAGAUUCCUACAGAAGGUUUAGUUCCAGGUGACAUAAUUUUGUUGCAAACUGGUGAUAAAGUUCCUGCUGAUUGUCGGAUCAUAUCGUGUGAUAGUCUUAAAGUAAACAAUGCGGAGUUAACUGGCGAAUCGAAACCUGUUAAAUGCACCCUUAAGGCAACGAAUGACCAUCUUUUAGAAACAUCGAAUAUGGUAUUCUACUCUGCACUAGUUGUUGAAGGUCGAGGGGAAGGUAUUGUCGUUGCUACAGGCGAUCAAACUGUGUUAGGCCGUGUCAGUAAAUUAACACGUUCGUCAAAUACGGAUGAAAUCACUGGUUUACAUCGCGAGGUAAAUCGAUUUAUAUUAUUUGUUCUCUGCUGUACUGUUAUAUCAAUCAUCGUCAUAUGGAUAUCGUGGAUUGUCUGGUUGAAUCCAGUUUAUCCAAACUAUAUCUCAUUUAAUUCGAAUGUUAUCAAUUCAGUUGGAAUGAUCGUUGGAUUUCUUCCUGUUGGAUUACCGUCAGCGGUUACACUGGUGCUCGUUAUUGUUGCCAAAUACAUGUCAACUCAACAAGUUCUCGUCAAAAGUCUCCAAACAAUUGAAACAUUCAAUUCCGUUUCGAUGAUUUGUACAGAUAAAACUGGAACAUUAACACAAAAUAAAAUGAGUUGUACACAUUUACUCUGGGAUACUGAUGGUGAAUAUCAAGUUCCAAUAACAACCGUCGUAACAGCAGAUAAACGAGAAUGGAAAUCUGUAUUCGGUACACUUGUCCGACAUUUAUCAAGUGUGUCAGGUUCUCGACCAGGUACACCCGCUGAUAGCAUCAAUGUGACCGAUUCUAUGCAAACAAGACGAUUAGAAAUUGAUGAAAUUCGUACAAAAGCAACGCCGCAUAGAGAUUUAGUUCUGGGUGCAUGCCUAUGUAAUAAUGCUGAAAAACGCUUGCAAGAAAAUGCUCAACAUUUAACAUUGAGUGGCGAUGCGGCUGAUGUUGCGCUUUAUAAUGUAUGCGAAACAAAAUUCAGCAUUGAUGUCGAGCAUAUUCGACAACGUUACCGUCGAGUUCAUUGCUUACCAUUUAAUUCCUCGAAUAAAUUUAUGAUUGUUGCUAAUCAAAUGUCACCAUCUAAACAUCAAUCGAUAUUGAAUAACAAAUCGAAUGACAUUUUAAUUACAUUAAAAGGUGCAACUGAUGUUGUCUUAACACCUGACAAGUGUUUGACAUAUAAAACAAGUGCAGGUGAUAUCAAAUCGUUAACAGAUGAUAUUCGUCAACGAAUCAUUCAACGACAGGAAGAAAUGGGUAGAGAUGGUUAUCGGAUAAUCGCUAUGCUUCAACAACAAGUUGACAAGAAUGUUUUGGAUCAAAUGUUAAUGAAUGCGUCAUCGGAUGAUCCAUACAAUGGCCUUCCAAAAGAUGGCUACACAUUCAUUGGUCUUUUCUGUUUGCUUGAUCCGCCAAGAGAGGAAGUACCAGAUGCAGUUCUCAAAGCUCGGCAAGCUAAAAUUCGUGUAGCAAUGGUGACAGGCGAUCAUCCAACAACAUCAAUUGCGAUCGGCAGACAAGUGAAUAUUUUAACUUCAGAAAUCUAUCAGAUGAAUGGUGUUGAUACAGUUCAAUUAGUGGGCAUUGAUAUGCCAAGUGGUCGACCAAUUGUGCAGUUACUUCGAAAUGGAAACUUACUGGAAACACAUAUAUUAGGAACAGUGAAUCGGUUGGAAGAAAGCAAGAAAAAUUCAACGAAAAUACGUUUGACUAACGAUGAGGAAAAUCGAACACCUGCUUCGUGGAUAAAACGUGCAUGGGAAUAUAUCAAUUUCUACUUUUCGGAUCCGAAAUCAACAACAGAACGAGAUGUAAAACAAGUUCUCAUUCCGUACGCGAUGGUCGUCAAAGGAAGUGAUAUUGCUUACAUGGAUGAAUAUAUGUGGACAUGGGUAUUGUCGCACCAAGAAUUGAUAUUCGCACGAACAUCACCUGAACAUAAGCUGCGCAUCGUUAUGGAAUGUCAAAGACGCGGAGAAAUUGUUGCUGUCACAGGUGAUGGAACUAAUGAUGCACCAGCAUUGAAGCGUGCUGACCUUGGCGUUGCUAUGCAAUCCGGUUCAGAUAUUGCAAAGGAAGCAGGUGAUAUGGUCUUGAUGGACAAUAACUUUUCAUCAAUCGUCAAAGCCAUCGAGACAGGUCGAUUAUUGAGCGACAAUUUGAAGAAAGUGGCCAUUUAUUUACUGCCAGGAGGUUCUUGGUCGGAGAUUUGGCCUGUUUUCUUUAACACUUGGCUCGGUAUUCCCUUAGCAUUAUCGGCUUUUCAAGCAACUAUAUUUUGCAUGAUGAAUGAUGUCUUCAUGUCAUUGGCAAUGGUAUCGGAAAAAGCAGAGAAAGAUAUUAUGCGCCGUCCACCAGCGAUUCGAAAUAAAUCACACUUAUUAAACUUAAAACUACUCUUUCAUGCUUAUAUAAUCAUUGGUAAUAUCGAAUGCUUCACUUCCUUUUUUUGCUUCUUUUGGUGGUAUCAAGCAAAUGGUAUUCCAUUGUCAAUGAUAUUUUUUAAAUUCAAUCACUUUGAAGAACAAUUCUCGCCAGAAAAGCAAAAACAGUUAACGACAAUCAAUCAAACAGGUCAAUGUAUUUAUUAUGUGGCUUUAUGCAUUAUGCAAUGUUUCAACUUAUUGACAACACGUACACGUUAUGCAUCGUUUUUUACGCACAAUCCGUUUUGGUCUCGUCAUAGUCGAAAUCUAUGGUUAAUUGUUGGAAUUAUUGCAUCAACAUUAACCUGUAUUUUGAUUACACAAGUGCCAUUUAUGCAACAUCAAUUUAAGACUGAACGAGUACCAGUACUUUAUGUUUUGCCUGCACUUGGCUUUGGCACAUUCAUGUUCAUUAUUGAUGAAUUAAGAAAAUUGUAUAUUCGACGAAAUCCUGGCUGUUGGUUAGAACACAUUGCUUGUUUCGAUAGCGUAGUUGUGCAUAUCAUCAAUAAAAUAAACAUAAAUAGCAUGUAG